UGUCCUCGUCGCACCUUCUUGGCCACCAUCAUCCUCGCUAUGAAGUUCCUUCAUGACGGUACAUACCCAAACCGAUACUGGGCAGAACUAUGCCGGCUUACACCCAGAGAAGUAAGCCGCUGUGAACGCGCUGUUGGAAACGCACUGCAAUGGCGUCUCUGGGUCGGUAAGAGUUACCCGUCAUUUGAUGUUAGUACCAUCUUACCUGUAUAA